GCAAGAGGCUCCCUACUCCACGAAGUCUGGCGAGAUCUUUCACUGCGGACGAAGUCUGACAUCAUUCGUGAGUUUGUAGACAUCGAAAGGAAACUACUCUCAGUCUCCUUUGAUAGGUAUGGUUCAGCUUGCUCCAAUGGAGAAUUUGCCGCCAGUUUGACUUACGCUUGUUGACAGACUGGGAUCAUUGUAUUUCAAGGAUAGUGAUAUCGCGGGAUGCGAGCCUGCUAUCGUUACAUCUGGCCCGCAGGAUGUCGUCGGUCAUGUCGAAUCACGUUAUUGCAUUGGACCCAUCACUCGAACAGAGUUCUGGGUGAAACAGCGCAGUGACAUGCACUACUAUGGUCCUUGUGAGUGUCUGGACGUCAAUGAAUUUCGGAUUCUAGACUCAAGAUGGUUGCAGGGACAUCUUCUGCAGAAUACCUAGAGUCUGUCGCUCACCGUGAGCUCGACUGGAUCAACGCCCACGCGAACCUACAGGAACCGAAUAAAACUCCAUGGUCGUACAUGAGCCCAGAGCAAAAUUCUCCGGAGGCUCACACAGUUUUGUUGCAGAAAUUCUUAUCUACAAUUCCGUAUAUCGUUCCCCAAGACCCAGAGCUUGUUUCGCCCAGACUUUGGCACCCAGAUUUUCAUGCUGGUAACAUCUAUAUCGACGACCAAGCCCGGAUUUCAUGUAUCAUCGACUGGCAAGGAGCCUGGACUACCCCGGUGUUUAUCGGAGCCAAUCCCCCAUUGCUUCUGGACUAUGGGAUCGACAUGUUGAUGAAGCUCCCUGGAAACUUCAAAGCACUCGACGAUGCUACAAAGGACCAGCUUCGAUACCAAGUGUCUCAGUCUGUCCUGAUUCACACGUACGAAACACUGACCGCGGAGAAGAACCCUCUGAUGUACAAGGUAAUGCGACAUCCCCAUGGCCAGACCCUCAAGCAGUUGGAAGCUUUUGUUGGCUCUACCUGGGACAACAGUCUCUUUCCUUUUGAGGAAUGUUUGAUCCGUGUUGAGAAUGAGUGGGAUCACUUAGGUACUAACGAACCAUGUCCGUACCGUUUCUUGCCAGAGAGAAUACGGCAACACUACGAAGAGGCGGAGUCUUUCAACAAGAGCCAGGAAUUCUGGAAAGGGCUACGAGGUGUCUUGACCGAUGAGGGCUAUGCGUCGAACGAGAGUUUCGGCAAGGCCGUCGAGAUACUUAGGGAUUUGCGAGAAGUCGGACUGGAUGACCUGAAGGGUGAGGAACGACGCAGUUUGGACAAAGAGACGCGUUGGGUCGUAGAUCUCAGUGACCCUAAGACCUAGCACUUACACUAUCUCUUGCAUGAUGAAAACAGAUAGAAUCGACAUCAAAAGUUUAAUUGAAAUAGUAGGACGCA